UCCGCGGGGGUGGGCGGCCUCGCCUGGAAGGCGCCCCGGCGAUUGGCGACUCGGGGAGGAGACGCGAGGAAAAGUCGAAUAAGAGGGCGCGACGUCAGACCUGAGAUUUAGGGAAGGGCGAGGGAGGGGUGGAAGGGCGGGGACGGACAAACAGACUGGGACACACACCCCCCGCGCAGCGCCCUAAAUGUCCACAACUUUAGGCCGCCCGAACCCAGGGCGCAGAGGACAGGAAGGUGGAAGAAAGAGUACUGUGAGUCAAGAGAGGGCUUGGAAAGAGGCGUGAGAGAAGAAAAAGUGAAGAGGACAAAAAAGAGGACAAAAGGCAAUAGUGAGAAAAGGGGGAAAGAAGAAAAAAAGGAGAGUUUCCUAGUGUCCAGGACAGGGACAGCGCCCGAGAAGCGGAAGCGAUUCUGGGGGGAAAGAGAGACGCAGCGAGGGGAGGGGAGAGGAAGGGAGAGGAGGGGGCGUGAAAAGUAGAGGAGGCGAGAGGAAGCGAGGCGCGACACUGCUCAGGGAGAGGAGGGCAGUGCGGAGCGCGGCGCUGGCACAGGCCGUCCGGCUGCGGAGAGGAGGGAGCGCGGCGCAGAGAGGAGGGGCUUGCGGCCCCGUGGAAAUGUCAAUCAGAGCCCGGAGCCCGGGGAAUCUCCGCCAAUCUGUUCGGACCUGACCUGGCUCCUCGCCGCCGCCACCGCCGCCGCGGAGCAGAUCAAUAGGCGAACGCGGAAAGCAGCGCAGCGCGGGAGGCAGCGCGGCCCAAGCUCGGCCCAGCCCCCGAUGCGCGCCGGAGCCCGCGGGCGGCGCUGAGUAGGGCGGCCCCGGGGGCCGGGCCCCCUCUCCGUCGGUGCCCCGCGGGCCACCAUGUCCUUCCCCCAGCUCGGAUACCAGUACAUCCGCCCGCUCUACCCGCCUGAGCGCCCUGCAGGCGGGGGCGGCAGCGCGGGGGCCCGCGGCGGCCCGGGAGCCGGAGCCUCGGAGCUGGCGGCCUCCGGGUCCCUUUCCAACGUGCUCUCGUCCGUGUACGGGGCGCCCUACGCCGCGGCCGCAGCGGCGGCGGCUGCUGCCCAAGGCUACGGCGCCUUCCUGCCCUACGCCGCGGAGCUGCCCAUCUUUCCGCAGCUGGGCGCGCAGUAUGAGCUGAAAGACAGCCCCGGGGUGCAGCAUCCGGCCGCGGCCACCGCGUUUCCGCACCCGCACCCGGCCUUCUACCCCUAUGGCCAGUACCAGUUCGGCGACCCGUCCCGUCCCAAGAACGCCACCCGGGAGAGCACCAGCACGCUCAAGGCCUGGCUCAACGAGCACCGCAAGAACCCCUACCCCACGAAGGGCGAGAAGAUCAUGCUGGCCAUCAUCACCAAGAUGACCCUCACCCAGGUGUCCACCUGGUUCGCCAACGCGCGCCGGCGCCUCAAGAAGGAGAACAAGAUGACGUGGGCGCCCCGCAGCCGCACCGACGAGGAGGGCAAUGCUUAUGGGAGCGAGAGGGAGGAGGAAGACGAGGAGGAGGACGAGGAGGAUGGCAAACGCGAGCUGGAGCUGGAGGAGGAGCUCGCGGGGGAGGAGGAGGACACGGGGGGCGAGGGCCUGGCAGACGACGACGAGGACGAGGAGAUCGAUUUGGAAAAUUUGGAUGGCGCGACUGCCGGACCUGAGAUGGCCUUGUCUGGGGCUACGAGGAGGGACGGCGACCUCGGCUUGGGACCCGUUUCGGACUCCAAAAAUAGCGACUCUGAAGACAGCUCCGAGGGCUUGGAGGAGCGGCCGCUGCCUGUCCUGAGUCUGGCCCCAGCCCCACCGCCAGUAGCCGCGGCUCCGCCGUCUCCGCCCUCGCCUCCCCCUGGCUUGGACCCCUGCGUUCCAGCACCAGCUCCUUCCUCCACCCUGCAAAAACCCAAAAUCUGGUCCCUGGCCGAGACGGCCACGAGCCCAGACAACCCGCGCCGCUCGCCUCCCGGCGCAGGGGGCUCUCCUCCCGGGGCCGCCGUCGCGCCCCCCGCCCUGCAGCUCUCUCCGGCCGUCGCUGCCGCUGCGGCUCACAGACUCGUCUCCGCGCCGCUGGGCAAAUUCCCCGCUUGGACCAACCGGCCGUUCCCAGGUCCGCCGCCUGGCCCGCGCCCGCACCCGCUCUCCCUGCUUGGUUCGGCCCCUCAGCACCUGCUGGGACUUCCCGGAGCUGCGGGCCACCCGGCGGCAGCCGCCUACACUCGACCCUCGGAGCCCGAGGGCGGAACAGAUCGCUGUAGUGCCUUGGAAGUGGAGAAAAAGUUACUCAAGACAGCUUUCCAGCCCGUGCCCAGGCGGGCCCAGAACCACCUGGACGCUGCUCUGGUCUUAUCGGCUCUCUCCUCAUCCUAGUUUGUUUUUUAAAAAAACAAUUUUUAAAUUGUUGUAAUAAUUGUAACAAACAAACAAAACAAACAAACCAAAUUCCUCUGUAUAGUUAACGACUUGUAAGCAUGUCCGUGUAUGAAUACCUAAAAGGAGAAGUUAAAGAGAAAGAAAAAGAAAUAAAACCAGUCCCCCUCAGACCUCCCCAAGUUGCUUCUGUGGCAUCCCACAUUCGCAGCGAUUGUGAGGUGUGUUUGUUCAGUUGAUGGGGGGGUUCAGUGAGAAUAAGCAUAUCUGACAUUUUUGUAUAUACAGAUAAAUGUACAUAUGUGUGAACCAAAUUGUACAAGAAAGUAUCUAUUUUUGGCUAAAUAAAUGAGCUGUUGCCACUUUGACUAUA